CUGGCAGUAUAUAAAGCGACAGGCAAGCUGCUGCGCGCAGUGAACAGUUUUGUGCGAGCACCAUGGCGAUAAAUGCAGAACUCCGCUCUCUUCUGGUGCUGCUAGUGGUCUGCAUCGCGCUAAACCAUGGAGUGAGUGCUGGACAGAGUGGCGUGUGUACCACUCCUUGCGGGGAAAACGCCUUCUGCAAGAAGGGUCUAUAUCCCAGCUGUGAGUGCAAUGAAGGAUUCUACGGCAACCCGUACAAUGGCUGCAGUCCCACCGGAGAAUGUACAGUGAAUGAAGACUGCGAAGAUCGCCUCGCGUGUUCAGACCACGUGUGCAUUAGCCUUUGCUCUCGCUACUGCCCUCUAGAUGCACCUUGCUUCGUAACAAACCACGUCAACGUCGAAUGUGAACACAAAAUUAAUCCCCCAUCUGAGUAAUAAAUUCAAGCACUAUAGUCUCUGCAAGUGGUGCAGAUAUUUCUACUUCCAAAUAAAGCCACUUAGAGACCCGGAUUAAAUAUUUUAAUUUUUUUAGAUGUGUCCUGCAGUACAAUGAUAUUUUGACGACACUAAUGAAGUACUAGGUGGUACUAAUAAUUUCCCUCAUCUUUAGUAGUGUUCCGACUCCGAUUACAAGACGAUUAAACACAGAAAAGCCAUACUAUGAUUGCAAGCUGAAUAAACGUAGACAUACCACGGAGUGAAUUGUACUUAUAUUUCUGAAAGCUACAUUAUUCCGAAUUAAUCAUUAAAACUGUAAAAUGUGUGUCUUUAGUCAGCAGUAAUGACUUAAGUUUUAACCACUACUUCAGAAUUACCAUUACGGAAAAAAUACCAGGAAUUCAUGGUGCUUUUACAACCUGAUGUCACAAACCUCUAACAAAAUCUACAAAGCUAACAAACGUUAGAUGUAUCCUGUAAUAUUAUUUUCGAUCUAACUCCUCAAUUCAUUGGCACCUACAAAUGAUGAAUUUCGACAGACCAGUUGCCAAGGAACUAUAUCCCAAAUGUUUAAUUGGAUUCAGAUGUGGCAAAUGGGUAAGCAGCCAAGAGGCAGUGUUUUGUUUCAUGUAAAUAAGGUAAUAAUAUUGUGACAAAAAUAUUCUCGUCUGAACCCAGCUUUAAACUUAAAAUUAUCAAAUACUGAAAUGGAAUUUUUUGAGGUUUGUGACAAGCUUAUGAUUUUUUUAAAUAAAUCACAGUUUUUAUAUAUCAA